UUGUCUUUUCUAGGUGAUAUAUAUAGGGACAGAGGUAGUUUGGACCUGUCACACACACAUGCCACUGUCUAGUGAACGUUUGCUGGACUGCUGUCACUAAAAAAAGUUGGGAUGAGCCCCCUAGUACUACUCUUGUUGUACACACUGGGAACAUCAGUGGUGCUGGCAGAACCCUACAAAGAGGAAUCCAGACCCUCAGAGGAGCCAAAGCCCACAGAGGAACCUGGUCCAAAGACUGAGCCAUGCCCAAACGGGUGUACCUGUAUCCAAGAUGAAUACACCUUAGAGCUUAACGUCUACUGCAGUACAGGCAACUUCACCCAGGUUCCCUCCGACAUACCCGUGUCUACACGCUCCCUAUGGCUUGAUGGAAAUCUAUUUACAAACUUACCAGCAGCUACUUUUGAAAAUCUGUCCAAUGUGGAGUUCUUGAACCUACAGAGCGGCUUGCUGGUUACCCUUGAUGCCCAUGUAUUUAAAGGAAUGAAUGUCCUUGCUCACCUGCACCUUGAGAGAAACAAUAUUCGCUUGUUGCCUGGCAUAGUCUUCCAGGGAGCAUCCAAUCUUGCAUCCCUCAGUCUCAACAAUAAUCAGCUGUCUCGAAUAGAUGACAGGUUAUUCACUGGGCUCUCCCACUUGUGGUUGUUGAAUUUAGGAUGGAACUCGCUGUCCGUACUGCCUGAGACAGGAUUCCAUGACCUGCAUGGAUUACGAGAGUUAGUACUUGCUGGAAAUCGACUGGCUUAUCUACAACCCCUGCUUUUUCAAGGUCUGACCGAGCUCAAGGAAUUGGACCUAACUGGGAACUAUCUGAAGGUCAUAAAGCCAAAUGUGUUUCUGAAAAUACCAAAGCUGCAAAAGCUUUAUCUGGGCCAAAAUCAGAUAGUGACGGUGGCACCAAGGGCAUUUUUAGGCAUGAAAUCAUUGAGAUGGUUGGAUCUCAGCAGAAAUCGUCUAUCUGUACUUCACGAUGAAACUUUCCUUGGCCUACAUAGCCUACAUGUGCUCCGCCUGUCAAAUAACUCAAUUGGUAACCUAAGACCCGGGACUUUCCGUGAUCUGCAGUACCUUGAGGAACUCUGCCUAUGUCACAAUCAGAUACGAGCCUUGGGACUGAGAGUCUUCGAAGGGCUGGGUCAUUUAGAGGUGCUAAACAUGGAGCACAACCGACUACAAGAGGCGCGCAUGGGCACAUUUAUGGGUCUUAAUUACCUUGCUGUAAUAAAACUUACUGGAAGCUGUUUCCAGAGCCUCCCUGAUCAAGUUUUUAAGGGUUUAUCAAAGCUCCACAGUAUUCACCUUGAUAGAAGCUGUUUGACGAAAGUCUCAAGCCAAAGUUUCAAUGGUUUAACAGGCCUUCGCCGCCUUUUCCUACAACACAACAACAUCUCCGUGGUGGAGCGUCAAAGUUUUGUGGAACUACAAGUGCUACAACAGCUUGAUUUGAGAUUCAACCAGAUAACAUCCAUCACCUCCAACACAUUUUUUGGUCUGAAGAACCUUGAUUACCUGCUGCUGUCAGGAAACUUACUUGGCCAUCUUCCAUCUGAGGCUUUGAUACCUCUGCAACAUCUGUCUUGGCUGGAUCUCUCAGGAAACAAACUGGAGUACAUACUUAAUGCAACAAUAUACAUGCUGCCACGUUUGCGUUACUUGAACCUAAAAGACAAUGCACUAAUCAACCUCCCAGCUUCUAUACCUGAUAGCUUGGAGCAACUUUGGGUCUCGGGUAACAAGUGGAAAUGUGACUGUAGUGCUAAACCUUUCAGAGAUUUCAGUCUUCAGAAGCCACAUGUCAUUCCUCUCCAGGUUGAAAUACUUGGCGAGGGUGAGGAGCCCCAUACACUUGUCACAAUAUACAAUAACAUCACAUGUGCCAGCCCAUCCAGUGUUUCUGGACUUGACCUGCGGAACAUCGGAAGUGAACAUUUUCAGGGCUGUUAAGUCUAAAGAUCUUUAUUCUAAUCUAAAUACACACUACAAUUGACUGUUUCUAUAUAAUCAUUAUAGUCCCAUGUCUCAGCGCUUCAAUUCAUGACAUUUAUUUAUCUCCAGCAAAACUUUCUUUGGCAAACAGAAUUUAAAGGAAGAGUUCACCCAAAAUAAAAAUUCUAUCAUCAUUUAACCUCUAACUUUCAAUCUUCUGCAGAUCACAAGUGAAGUUUGUUAGAAGAAUAUCUCAGCUCUGUAGGCCCACGCAAUGCAAGUGAAUUUUGACCAGGCCUUUGAAGGUCCAAAAAGGAAAUAAAGUCAGCAAAAUCCAGACUCCAGUGGUUUAAUCAAUGAAUUCUGAAGUGAUACAGUUUGUUUUGGGUGAGAACAGAGCAAAAAUAUAACUUCUUUUUCACUGUGCAUCUUGCCAUUGCAGUUUCUAGGCAAGAUCAUUAUUUCAAGCUCGAUUACUCUUCCUAGUGCUUGAUAUAUGUGCAGAGCGCUAAAUGGCAAUAUACUAAGUGUAAUCGAGUUUGAAAUCAUGAUCGCCAAGGAGACUGCGGUCAAGAAGUAGAGGCAAAAAGGAGUUAUAUUUUGGUCUUUUUAACCCAAAACAACUGGAUCGCAUCAGAAGACAUGGAUUCAAAAAUAAUCUGAUCUGAUCACCAUUCACUUGCAUUAAAAGGACCUACAGAGAUAAGAUAUUCUUUUAAAAAUCUUCAUUUGUGUUAAUCAGAAGAAAGAAAUUCAUACACAUCUGAGAUGGCAUGAGGGUGAGUAAAUGAUGAGAGAACUUUAAUGUUUAGGUGAACUAUGUCUUUUCUGAAUUUAAGUAAUGUUAAAGUAACAAAUGACAAUUGAGUUGAUGUUGUAUAUUCAGACAUUAACAUUUUGUGGACAAAAAAAAACAUGUAACAUUCUGCAUAACAUCUCUUUUUAUAUUCCGCAGAAGAAAUAAAAUCAAAUGUAUUUGGAAUUACAUGAAAAUGAAUAAGUUAUGACAGAAUUUUCAUAUUUGGGCAACCCUCUUCGGGCAUGUUGGAGAAAGAAUCGGCAUUGGCUAGUACAUUUUUGUUUUACUCGCCAGACAUUUGACAACAUGUAAGCAUAAUGAAACUGAAAAGAUAUUAAGCAAACUGGAAAGGGGGCAUCUUCAUAUAUAUAGGUUAUACAUAUAUAUAUAUAUAUAUAUAUAAACAAAAGUUAGUUCCGGUCCUCGAAUCUGAUUGGACGAGAGAUGUUCAAUGAGCACUGAUGGUCUUACACAUAAUCACUUGGACGCUUCACUGUGUGUAUCAUUCUGCUUGUGUUCAUGCUGUUCUAAACUAAAGUGUAAGAGCAGUGCAUAUGUGUUACGAGCUAUGGGUUGUCUUUUUUAUGUUAGCCAGCAGGUGGUGGUAAAAGAUAAUUUUUGUGUAUAAUAUGAGCCUGUUAAGUGACGUGAAGUGAAUCUGUGUCAGCCGUUUACAUACAAAAGCGCUUCGUGAUCACUUACUACACUUACCACACUUCACUAAUAAAACUAGGAAUAGCUUUAAACGGCUUUAACCGAACAACUUCAGCAUUACGGCUCAUCACAGCUGAGAGACACAACAGACGUGUUAAUUACACAAUGGGAGCUGUUUAAAAUGGCAGUGGACAUUGUGGUUUCUAUAGUGAUCGACACUUGUGCACCAGCUACAACGAAAUAGAGAGAAAUUCCCCCUCUUGGAUGCUAUUUUACCUCUGAGAAAGCUGACCUUCAGAAAGCUGACAGCAUCUCUGCUUGGGUGUGGCAGCACAUGAUACGUCUCUCUCUCUCCCUCUCCCUCUCUCUCUCUCACACACACACACACACACACACACACACAUACAUCCUUGUUUAUCCAAUAACUUGUUCAAAACAGCACAAGUUAUUGGAUAAGCCGUGAUCCUAUUUCUGAAGUGAUAUUUUUGAAUUAUUAAUGGAGGCUUGGACACAUCAUUUGGUUUGAACCAACAAUGGCAGUUUCUGAUCCAUCGUGUAAGAAAGUAUUUCAAUGCACAAAUGUGUUUUUAUGACUGUACUCUAUUUUUUUAAAGUGUUAAUUGAACUGUUGUGUAAAAGCAAUAUCACAAUCGCAAUCGUGCUGUAUGGCCCUAAAUCAGCACUGCUGUGAUUACCUACGGCACUCGGCCUGCGGCUUAAUCAUAGCUGUGCUGAUGUAGGGCCAUAUCGCACUCUUGCUUGUGUGAUAUUGCUAAAAACAUUUUUUGCAAUUUUUAGCAAUAUUUUUAUCAUGUUUAAGCAUUUUUUAAUUAUACAACUUUCACAUUCUAUCAGUUUAUAUGAUUUCAGGAAAUUGCAUUUACAAUAAUGAUACAAGCUGUUUCAUGAAAUUUUAUACAUAUUUUUUAACACUAAAUAUAAGGUUUAAACCUAAUAAUGAAAAUAGAAUUCCACAUUUAACCUUAAAAUGCUACUACAUCAAAAGUACUACAUUAAAAUGUAUAUGCUACAAGAGCCAAUUUGUUAAAUUUGCAGAGUUUGUUGAACUUAAAACAUUUCAUAAUAUUUGUCUAUAAUCACCCAUCAAAUACAUUUACACAUUUACGACACUUGCCAAAUUAUUACAGUUUGUUACAUGUUUGUUUAUAUGCAUAAUUUGAACGAUUUACAAGUAUUUAGACUGAGUUUACAUUAAUAUAACAAGCGCUAAAAUGGUAUUGUCGUUUGCGGUUGAAAGAAGUUGGACGGUUGUUUUUACCUCAUCUCUGCAAUUUGUGAUUAGAAUUACAUUUUCUUAUUACUGUUUGAUCAACAACUCACUGUUAAUAACAGAAAGGAUAAUAACAGAAAGGAUAUUAAAUAGAGUACAUGGAUCUCAUAUUUGGACACACAUUACACGGAAUGGGUCAAAGCAAACUUUACUUGCAUAAUGUGUAUUGACUUAAAUGAACAAAUAUUUAUUGUACAAGUUCUCAAAUCUGCAUGCUCUCAAGAUUUGAACACUUUUUACCCUUUCACAAACAUCCAACAAGCACGUAAGGUAUGUAGAUGCUGUAAAACUGAGAAUGUUGUGAAAACAGUCUGUGGAAAUGAUAUCCUUGAAUAUUCAGUGUACCUGUAUAAGAAGAAACCACUCAGAGGUCACUGCCAAACCAAGCAACUUCUUAUUUGUCAACACAGUGAAUCUGCCUGUCAAAGUCUACCAAACUUGAAAUCCAUGCAAAAUCCGGAAGGGGAAAUUCUUUGUCACCUGAAGUCCAUUGCAUGGUGAUGACUGUAUUCUUUCAGGGGAAUUUAACCUUGCAAAGAUAAAUGCGCCUCCAUUUACUCCUAUUCAAAUUCAUCUGAACACAGAAGACUGAGAAUACAUAUUUUAAAGCUGCAUGUUUUAUUGUUGCAGAAAAGUAUGUAGAAAAUAUAUUUUAAAAUUUUGUAUGUAAUAUUAUUUGUUAUGUAUUAUUUAGAUACUCCUGAUGCCCUCCCACAUGGAAUCAUAUCCUGGGCUGUCCCAUGUCCGUAAACAUUUGCGUGUUCAAAGCCUAGAUUGACUGCCCCUUUAACCUCCUGAGAGCCCUGCGUAACUUAUGUGUGCAUUUUCUAUUUUAUUUUUUCAUCGAAUAGUUUAUUGUGUGUCCAGGAGUGUUGGUUAAUCAUGUUUUUGAGACGUUAUAGACAUUACAGCCUAUUUUGUAGAAAUAUUAAUAGAUCAUUCUGAUUAAAGGUAAUGGCCACUAUCAAAUCACUGCCAAUCAUGUUAAAUUAAUCUACAGUUGAAGUUCAGUUUACAUACACCUAAGGCAAAUACAUUUAAACUCAGUUUUUCACAAUGCCUGACAUUUAAUCGUAGAAAGCAUUAAAACUUUAUUUUAAGAAUAUGAAAUGUCAGAAUAAUAGUAGAGAGAAUUAUUUAUUUCAGCUUUUAUUACUUUCAUCACAUUCCCAGUGGGUCAAAGUUUACAUACGAUUUGUUAGUAUUUGGUAGCAUUGCCUUUAAAUUGUUUAACAGGGUGCCAUGUCGGAUCUCACCUAGGGCACCAAGUAAGCCAGAACCAGCACUAGUUUUGUAGGUCUCCUUGCUCGCACACGCUUUUCACGGUUGGGAUGGUGUUCUUCGGCUUGUAAACCUCACCUUUUUUCCUCCAAACAUAAUGAUGGUCAUUAUGUCCAAAAAGUUUCAUUUUUGUUUCAUCUGACCAGAGGACAUUUCUCCAAGAAGAUAUUUGUCCCCAUGUGCACUUACAAACUCUAGUCUAUCUUUUUAUGGUGGUUUUGGAGCAGUGGCUCCUUUGCUGAGCAGUCUUUCAGGUUAUGUUGAUAUAGGACUUGAUUUACUGUGGAUAUAGAUACUUGUCUACCUGUUUCCUCCAGUAUCUUCACAAGGUCUUUUGCUGUUGUUCUGGGAUUGAUUUUCACUUUUCGCAGCAAACUGCAUUAAUCUCUAGGAGACAGAAUGCGUCACCUUCCUGAGCGAUAUGAUGGCUGCAUGGUCCCAUGGUGGAAAAUUUUACUUACGUAAUAUUGUUUGUACAGAUGAACGUGGUACCUUCAGGCAUUUGUAAAUUACUCCCAAGGAUGAACCAGACUUGUGGAGGUCCACAAUUUUUAUUCUGAGGCCUUGGCUGAUUUCUUUUGAUUUUCCCAUGAUGUCAAGCAAAGAGGCACUGAGUUUUAAGGUAGGCCUUAAAAUACACCCACAGGUACACAUUCAAUUCAGUACACCCGAUAUAAGAAGCUAAUUGGCUAAUUGUCAAAAGGCUUGACAUAAUUUUCUGGAAUUUUACAAGCUGCUUAAAGGCACAGUGAACUUAAUGUAUCUAAACUUCUGACCCAUUUGAAUUGUGAUAUAGUCAAUUAAAAGUGAAAUAAUCUGUCUGUAAACAAUUGUUGGAAAAAUUACUUGUGUCAUGCACAAUGUAGUUGUCCUAAACGACUUACAAAAAUGGUAGUUUUCCAAUGUUAAAUAUGUGGAGUGGUUCUGACUUCAACUGUAUGCACUGAUUAUAAUUGUCCCAUGUCUGCCAAACACGUUGAGUGGUCCAAACAUCAUCUGCAGCCUGAAACUGAACUUUUAGGAGUGAAUGCACUUAGCUGCAUAUGAAAGCUAUAGGAUGCACUCUUGCUCCCUGUUUAGUGAAUUACUUAACCUCCAGUGUGCUGUCUGUCUUAGAACAGUUUUAAAUGCACCUAUUUUCAUAUAUAAAGCAAAAAUUUUCAGAUUUUGGAUGAAUUAAUAUAUUCUCAAUGUGAAAAAUGUGAGUAAAUAAAUAGGAAUGCAUUUACUACUGUUAAUGAAUACCUUAUUGUACAGUGUUAACAAACAAAAGUAUAACAACAUUUUGAAUAAAAUGAAA